AUAGAUGGACCAAAUUUCAGUGACUUGUAUCUUAGAAAUGUAUGUAUGUUUUACAUAAAACUACAGGGAAAGCAUCUUCUUCCAUCAUCUACCAUUCAAAACAUUGUAGAAGAGAUGCAGAAUAUACAUGAAUUGGGACAGACAUACUCUUUAAAUAGAUUGAACUUGCUUCUUAAAGAAAUGUCAUUUGCAGAUGAAGACAUUGCAAAAAUCUGUGAUACAGUAAAACAGUCGGACUUGUUCUCAGCUUGCCACACAGGGCCGAUGAGAACUGCUUAUUCUAGAGCCCAGUGUUUUAAAGACAUGUUCAAAUAUGUGAAACCCAAAAAAGUGUUGUUGGGCAAAGAUGAGGACAGAAAAGAUAGAUUUGCAUACUAUGUUCCUGUGCUAAAUACGUUAAAAGGUAUGUUAGAUUCCAAAUAUUGGAAGGGCCUAAUGAUGGCUCAUGGCGUUUCAAAAGCUGAUGUUCUCUCUGACUGUGACGAUGGUAAGGUGUUUAUGUCCAACGUAUUUUUUCAAGAAAACCCAAAUUGUCUCAAGCUGGUUCUCUAUCAAGAUGCAUUUGAAGUUGUGAACCCAUUGGGAUCUUCAAAAAAAAAGCACAAGAUCUUGGCUGUUUACUUUUCUCUACUCAAUAUGCCACCCCAUGUCCGAUCAAAUCCUGAUCAUAUGCAGUUGGUCUUGUUGUGCAGAGAGAAGGAUUUCAAGGAAUUUGGCCAUUCCAUAGUUUUUUCAGAACUGUUGACUGACUUGAAAAUACUAGAUGAGAAUGGGAUAACUAUGGCAGAUGAAUCAGUUGUGAAAGGAGCACUGUAUUGCAUUGCUGGAGACAACUUGGGCUCUCACUGCAUCGGGGGUUUUAUGGAAAAUUUCAGUACAUCUCAGUACUUCUGCAGAUAUUGUCUGAUUACUCGGUCUAAAUUUCAGAGUGAAAAUCCAGCUAUCAUUGGACCAGAGCGGACUCCAGAAACGUAUCAAUCUGCCACUGAACAGCUGGAAAGAGAGGAGGUGACAGAAGUACAGGGGAUUAAGUUCAGAUAUGAUGGAUACACAAAAGGACAUCCGUGAUGCCAUUCGAGCAGUGCUUCCUGGUCUUUCACAGGACGUUUUGGCUGCUUUAGAGGAUGUGUUGAAGAAACUCGGCACUACAACCACAGAUGAUUUCCAGUAUAUCACCGAAGAAGACUUAUUGCCUGUGCUGAAGCCCAUACAGGCCAGAAGACUUGUUGCUGCAUGGGCCCAAAAUAACUCAAUGGCUUCAACUUCAGGUGGGGCAUCCUCCUCUCCACAGUCCGUUCAGUCCUCUCAAUCUGCAGCCUCACUUUCACAACCAUCGUCUGCUGCUACUUCAUCGCCUUCCCUGAGCUGCUCCCCAGUUUUGCCAACCUGGGUUGACAGUUUUCAGAUACCAUGGCAGAAGCUUCCAGAAGAGCUGAUACAGACUUUGGAACGACAGAAAAGGCCAAGUGCACGACUUUGAAGACAAAUGGUGAGGAUUAUUGUCUCUGAAAUUAUGCUGAUUUGCAAGAAUCCAACCAAACGCAACACUACUGAAAUAGCAGAAAGGAUGGUGAGCAGGUAUCCAAAGUCACUUAAGGAUGUCAUUGAUGGUGACGUUAUUGGACUUGGUUAUCAUUCCCUGGUAAAACAACUCCGGGCAAGAAUUGAAAAUGUCAAACGACAAGACACACCAAAGUUAACUAAACGCAGGGCAGAAUCAGAUAAUGACACUGAUGAGAUACCUGCUGAGCAAAAAGCUAGUGUUCAA